ACGUGGAAAAUAUCACCACACCCAAACUCGAUUACCGCGUGGCUGUUUAUUGUUUUGAUUAUCAAGGAGCAUCUGAUAUGUAUUGGAAAGAUGUGUGUGACAUUGAUCAAGAAUCACCACGCAAUCAGUAUAUAGGAUCGCUUGAAUUACCAAAUGGUCGAUGUGCAGUUUAUCCCAAUCGAUAUCAACACAAAGAACAAUCAUUUGAACUUGCAGAUCCAACUCAACCAGGACACUGCAAGAUUCUGACAUUUUUUGUAGUGAAUCCAGCCUGUCGGAUUGUUUCGACUGCGCAUGUGGCUCCACAACAACCACAAUGGUACAACUCGAGUUUUGACAAGACACACAUACCGCCUGAACUGUGGAAUGAUGCCACGCAGUAUAUUCAAGGUGUUCAAUCACCAGCUGAGGCCAAAAACUAUCGAGAUGAAUUGACAAACGACCGAACUCGAAUCAUAAGAGCAUACAACGAAAAAAUAUAUGAGCAGGCGUAUGGUGAUUGGUGAUUGAUUGUGAGGUUGUGAUUUUACAACAAUGAGUUAUAAUGCCAGUCGGAUCUAUGCAAUUAAAUGGAUCGAAUAAAUUGAAUGAAUUGAAUCAAUCAUGUCAAUC